GUAAAAGACGGAAGGGAAGGAGCGAAGCUGGAGGCAUCCACAUAACGGGCGUCCACCCCAUCCAUCUAUCCAUCCAUCCAUUCGUCCUUUGCUCCGCCGCUGCUGUCAAUGGUCUCGCCCUAUCUUCUGCACCUGAUAACUUUCUGUGCUGUACUUCCCGUCCUGUACCCACUACUGUGCCUGCCAGGUACCACGACUUCCACCACCACCACCACCGACACCUCUCUCUCUCUCUCUCUCUCUCUCUCUCCCUCUCUACCACCUGCCUGCAUUUGCGUUGUCGAGAAUCAGUCCACUUUCUCGUUGACACUCCGACACGCAGCAGUCCCAUCAUCUGGACUUCCACCUCGCCCGGAAGCCUAUCUACACACCACCACCACCACCAAUUGCACCUUCUUCUUCUUCUGCUGCUGCCGGUCUCUCACCACUCUCGCGUUCGUUCUCACCACUACCACCGCCGCCACCACCACCAUCGGAAUCCACCUCAACUCUGGUCGUGCUGCCAUUGCUCUUCACCUUCUCUGUCCCUCACUUUUAACAUCGUUGACUUCCGUCCGCCGCCGUCUCGUCGACCGUUCUAUCCUUCUCGCGCUCAUUCAGCCCAACCCUUUAUCUUGACAGCGAUUGCAUUGUUGCAACAUCUCUCGUCUUCUUUCAAGAAUCGAUCUCGUUGUCCCCGUUGUCGUGCUGCCCUCAUUGCUCGGCACUUCACACAUCCUCCACCCAAUCACUCGACUCAAUCACUCGACUGAAUCACUCAACUCAAUCACUCAUACAUCACCAGCUCUAAAGUCUUUACUCAGCGCCAGCGGGAAGGUCUGACACCUGCAUCACUUCCCAUCUCUGCAGCCAAUCGUUCGACUUUGCACACGCACAUCUGGCCCUGCAGUCGCCAUUGACGCUCGCUCUCUCUCGCGAGGCAUCAUUCGGCGUGCACUAUCCAUCUCCCGGACAGACGCUCACACACACA